GGCCGCCACACUCAAAACAUGGCGCCAAGUUGGGAAAACGAUGACGACAGAAAGGACGACGCCGUUUCGUCUGAAACAACCGCCCUUCCUAGUCUUCCAUUUGAGAUCAUCGAAGAAAUUCUGUCGAAGCUUCCAGUCAAAUUCCUCAUGCAACUCAAAUCCGUCUGUAAGUCCUGGGAAUCUCUCAUCUCCGAUCCUCAAUUCGCCAUAAAGCACCUUCGCGUGUCAACCACGCGCCACCAUCUCUUAACCUUUACCAAUUUUUUCUCAGACGAGUUAUUCGUCGUGGUUUACCCUUUCUCCUCUGUCUUUACAGAAUUAACCGUGGCUGCUUCCAGACAGCUAGAUUUCCCUUUGCCCGUUGGAAACCUUUCCCAUUACAUUAUUGGAUCUUGUCAUGGCAUAAUCUGUUUUGAAAUCAAUGAACAUUUUGUUUUUUUGUGGAACCCUUUCAUUAGUAAAUUUAUGAAAUUGCCCUCUUUAGCGAAUCCAAAACAAAAUAUUUGUUACACAGCUUAUGGAUUUGGUUAUGUCUAUGAUCAAUUCAAUGACAAUUAUAGUUACAAGGUUGUUGCUGUUAAUUAUAUUGAAUCUGAUAAUAAUGUGAGUUACUACCGUUACAGACCUCAACUGAAGGUUUAUACUUUGGGCACCAAUUCUUGGAGAAUGAUUCAGGAUUUCCCUUACUGCAUCCCUUUGGGUUUAUCGUCGGGAAGAUUCAUUAGUGGAACUGUUAAUUGGUUGGCAUAUAACAAUUUGUUUAUUUCAUUGGUUAUUGUUUCUUUCGACUUGGAGAACGAAUUUUAUCAAGAGAUAACGCUGCCCGAUUAUGAAGUGGUAAUUCGGCCUCAGGUUACCUUAGUGGUGUUGAGAGAUUGCUUGUCCAUUAUUGCUGAGAGUAAUACUUAUGUAGAUGUUUGGCUUAUGGACGAGUACGGAAACACAGAAUCUUGGACUAAAUUGUUCCGUAUCCCUCAUGGCGAGCCUCCUGCUUACAUCACACCACUCUAUCUUUCCGAGGAUGACCACGUAUUGAUGGAGAGUCGAUAUGUGCGUCAAUCUAAGCCUCAAUCUGAGCUGGCCAUUUACAAUUCUAGAGACAGUAUUCUCAAAACUACUGAAAUUCAAAAAAUCAAUUGUUCGAUGGUCCAUGAAGUCUACCAAGAGAGUUUGAUAUCGCCUUGUUCUUUAUAGUAGAAUGUAUGUGAUAAUGUAGAUGUUAUGUUAUGCCACUUGUGCAUGAGGUUUAUGAAGAACAAUCUGGAUUCUUCAACUCCAUAACUACAAUAUGUUAAUUUCAAUUUGUGUCUUGUACCUUAUGUUUGCUUGUUACUUCAUGGAUUAUUGUUCAUUAGUAGUUGAUGUAAUGUGUUGCUUGAGAAAUUGUUGUGUGUUAGGUUUAAUUUAUUUGAUAGUUAAGAGUUUUUUGCUGGUUUUUUUUUAAUUGUGCAGACCAUUAUAUGGUUAGUGGUUUGGUUUGCUAAAA